UCUGCAUGAGUCGGUUUGACACAUUUCAUCAAGUUAGCGGUGUUGACUUGAGGCUUAGAAACUAGCUCAUGGUCUACAUCCAACUCGGAACUCGACAGAGAGGGCUCUUGGUCGCUUGUAUUACAGAAUACCUAACACUGAGCAGCGUUUCUGGUGUUUUUUCCUUUGUAAAUACUGUUAUUUGUAUAUACUGUAAAUGAUGACGUCCGUGGGCGGAAACCGGGCACGGAGCAACUGGGAUCAGACGCAGGGCCAGACGCAGAGCCAGACACAGCACAAGCAGAGGCCCCAGGCUACUGCUGAGCAAAUCCGACUCGCACAGAUGAUUUCUGACCACAAUGAUGCAGACUUUGAAGAAAAGGUCAAGCAGCUGAUUGACAUUACAGGCAAGGACCAGGACGAGUCUAUGAUUGCGUUGCACGACUGCAACGGGGAUGUCAACAGAGCCAUCAAUGUGCUACUGGAGGGCAGCCCAGACACUGACUCGUGGGAGAUGGUGGGGAAGAAGAAGAGCUUGUCGGGCCCCAAGGAGUCGAUCCAGGCUGACACGGGGGAAGACGGGAAGGAGAACCGGGACAAGGGCGGCGAGAGGGACGUGGCCCGCCGUCGGGGCGGUGCUCCGCGUCGGGGGCGUGGGGCCAGCCGCGGACGCGAGUUCCGAGGUCAGGAGAACGGCCUGGACAGCAGCAAGGUAGCCGGGAUCGCUGGCCGAGGCAUGGAGAGAGGACGACGAGGCAGAGGAAGAGGCAGGGGCGCUCUUGAUGGCUCUCUCCUCCCCGGCUCCGCGCUGGCUGGAAGGCGGGGCGGCAGGUUCUCUGCACAAGGCAUGGGCCAGAUUGAUAAAGAGGCCAGAUAUGAUUUUGCAGGGGAUACGAGGACCUUCAACCCGGCGGACUACACCGAGCCAGCCCAGACGGACGAGAGCUACGGCGGGGGCAGCACCUGGAACAGCACAGGAGGUGCCGAGCCCGACGACGGCACCCGGUCUGAGCUCACCCCGGGAGAAGCUGCAAAUUACCAGCCCAAGUUCGACUCCGCUCCUGGGCCCUGGAGGUCUGCCACGGAGGAAUGGGGCACAGAAGACUGGAAUGAGGACUUGUCUGAGACCAAGAUCUUCACGGCGUCCAAUGUUGCGGUGGCCGCCGCGCCUCCACCUCAGGAGAACGUCACCAUCACCAAAGGACAGAGGAUCGACCUGGCGGUGUUGCUGGGCAAGACCCCCCCGGCCGCCGCCUCCGAGGCCGAGGCCGCGCCCCAGGAGGCCGGCCCGCCCGCCUCCCUCAACCAGUCGCUGGUGUUCAGCAACUCCAAGCAGGGCGUGCCCCUGUCCCCGGCGGCCCCCGGCGCCCCGUACUCCCAGCAGCACAGCAUGGUCAACAUGCUGAGCAAGGGCUUCGGGGACGUGGGCGGCCCCAAGGGCGGCAGCACGGGGACCACCACCGGCUCUCAGUUCCUGGAGCAGUACAAAACGGCCCAGGCACUGGCCCAGCUGGCAGCCCAGCACUCUCAGGUGGCCCCGCCCGGCGCCAGCCCCUCCUCGUGGGACACCGGCGCCUCAGCCCUGGGCCAGUAUGAGGCGAAGCCGGAGCCCGCCGCUCACAGCCCCUUCACCAAGCGGCAGCCCUACCAGGCCACGGCCGCCACCUCCUCCAUGCUGGACGCCUUCCUGCCCAGCGCGCCCUCGCCGCACGCCGUGCCUCCGCCCGCCUCCUGCCUGCCCAAGAUGACGGGGCCGCCCUCCUCCUCCUCGUCCCUGGGCCAGCAGCAGGCGUCGCCCGGCUCCUCGGACACCCAGGGCUCCAGCCCGCUGCCGCUGCAGCAGCACAAGCUGAAGCAGCAGAAGAAGAGGACCUCCAUCACCACCAAGAUCCCCGCCAUGGCAGUGGAGAUGCCGGGCUCCUCGGACAUCUCCGGCCUCCAUCUCCAGUUCGGAGCUCUGCAGUUUGGAACAGAACCGGUGCUACAGGAGUACGACCCCGCUGCCGCCCCCAGCCACCAGGCCCAGAGCAGCCUCUACGCCGCUCCCAGCAGUGAGUCGGUCCCAGGCCUCCCCAGCCCCACCCAGAUGGAGAUGUACGAGCAGAGGGCCUCUCAGACGCGCCGAUACCCCUCCUCCGUCUCCUCGUCUCCCCAGAAGGACAUGCAGCCCAACAAUGGCUUCCAUUCAAUGCAGACGGGACCAUCUGGGGACGCUGCAGGCGGCUCUGCAGCCUCUGGGAAGCUGGUUUCUGAGGCUCUCACAACGGCGUCGGCCUCCGGCAUGGGCACUCUGACGGACACUGGCCCCACCUCCUUGAUGACCACAGCCAAUCAGAUGGCCCACGCUGCUCUGGGCCACAGCGAGGAGCUGACCCAAAGCAGUGUCACCCAGCCCCAACACAUCAACUCGCUCUCUUCCCAGCAGGGCGGUCACCCCCAGUCUUCAGGGAGAACGGGCAACCCCAGCUUAAUGCAGCACCAAGGCAUGGACGGCGACGGCGGCCUCCACUCCUCGUCCUCCUACGCCUCCUCGUCGGCCCCCUCCUCCUACUCGGUGGCCAGCUCCACGCACGUGGCCCUGGGCGCCAUGCCCCAGGUGCUGUCCAUGGGCGCCACCACCAUCUCGGCCCCCUCCGGCCUGGGGCCCGUCAGCAGCCUGGCCAUGGGGCUGAACGCCGCCUCCAUGUGCCAGCCCAUGGGUGGUGUCGGGCCGGGCGCCGUCUCCAUCGCCCCCCCCGCCUCCUCCUCCGUCGCCUCGUCGCUGCGCGGCUCAGUCUCCUCAGGAAAAGCACCACCCAACCUGCCCCCCGGAGUGCCCCCUCUGCUCCCCAACCCCUACAUCAUGGCCCCUGGACUACUUCACGCCUACCCUCCUCAGGUGUAUGGCUACGAUGACCUGCAGAUGCUCCAGGCCAGAAUACCCCUGGACUACUACAGCAUCCCGUUCGCAGCGCCAACAAACGCACUUACAGGCAGAGACGGCAACCUGAACAACAACCCGUACUCUGGCGAUCUCUCAAAGUUUGGCCGCGCCGACACCUCGUCUCCGGCGCCGGCCACCACCAUGGCCCAGAGCCAGCAGAACCAGAGCCAGACCCACCACACGGCCCAGCAGACCUUCCUGAACCCCGCCCUGCCCCCCGGCUACAGCUACACCAGCCUGCCCUACUACACCGGCAUGCCGGGCCUGCCCAACACCUUCCAGUACGGGCCCGCCGUGUUCCCGGUUGCUCCUACCUCGUCAAAGCAGCACCCUGUGAACGUCGGAGUCAACGCCUCUGCCACGCCCUUCCAACAGGCCGGUGGCUACGGCUCCCAUGGUUACAGCACUGGCUAUGAGGAUGUGGGCCAGGCGUCAGGGAGUGGGGAUUUCUGUAAAGGUGGAUACGGCACCGUGGCCGCCGCCGCUGCUUCCGCGCAAAUCAAGCCCGCCACCUCUGUCACGGGGCCCGGAGUCGGAGUCUCCGUGACCUCAAGCAACACUGGCGUACCAGAUAUUUCAGGGUCUGUUUACACUAAGACGCAGCAGUCGUUCGACAAGCAGGGUUUCCACGCCGGCACGCCCACCGCCUCCUUCAGCCUGCCCUCGGCCCUGGGCAGUGGGGGCCCCAUCAACCCUCCGGCCCCCGCCGGCUACCCCCAGGCCCCCUUCAUGCACAUCCUGGCGCCGCACCAACAGCAACACUCUCAGAUCCUGCACCACCACCUGCAGCAGGAAGCACAGACGGGCACAGGGCAGCGCAGCCAGAACGCAUCUCUCCAACAGAAGGCCCAGAUCAACAAGUCGGCGUACAACAGCUACAACUGGGGAGGGAACUAACUACGAGAGGCGCUGCGUCCGCCGUCGGCAGCAGCCCUGCCCCUCCCAAAGUCUCGGCAAAGAGUGCAGCUACAAAGUUGUUGUUGCCACUCUCUUGUCUCUCUCCCACCACCACCGUACAAAUUGACCACAUGUGACCCCUGGCCCGUGUCUCUCUGGGAUGACACCGUUAUGACAUGGACUUCCCUCUCCAGCCACUGUGCUCUGCAGCUUCUGAUGACGGAGCGCUGCAUGGCUGGACAGGAGAAGGACCUGUCGGCAGUGGAGGGGGCCGGAGCGUGGUGUGUAGCUUUAGCUAGAUGUUGGUAAAAGAGGUGAACUAUGUCACUGUUGGGAAGUUUGUAAAUCUCUCCAUCCUAUAACCUUACCUCCCCCAUUUUUUUCCAGUUGUAACAUAGAAGUGUUUUCUAACUGACUGUUUUUGGGUUGUACUUUUUUUUUGGUUUUUGUUUUCCCCUUAUUUUCUCCUUUUUAAUUGAUGGGGAGAAGCGAACUUUCUUACGGUGAGGAACAGGCUGGUUUUGUAUAUCUCACCAUGAACUCCUUGUCCCCCCCCCCCCCCCCAACACGCACACAAAGACACAUCUUCAGUCCCGCUAACAUCUUUACAAUGUUGACUUUUUUUUCUUUUGUACGCUUAUUUUAAGUUCAAAGAUAAUGAAUCUCUAAAUUGGCAGAGUUGUGAUGUUUAUUUGUACUAAAUAUAGAUAUAUUAUAAGUAAAGAUGUAUAAGAAAGCUCACUGGCUUGGAAUGCGAGGAAAGUGUAUUUUUUUUGUUUUCCAUGUGUCUGCACGUGUGUUUGGACAUGAAGAGGCCAUGGGUGUGUACAGCGCCGUCUGUUUGGUUGGUGUUUUUGCGUUUGGACUAGGGACAGGAUUUGUGAUGGCGUGUGAAGUCACUGGCCAUGGUCCAACUAUGUACAGCAUGGUUUAAAUGAAUUAAGGGAAACCGAAAGAAAAUUCCAAUACCAUUCUGCAAGCAAUGUCGAGAGGGAACGUCGUGGGCGACUCACACACCCAGUUUGCCUUCUUGCGUGUUUCUUUAUUUUACCCCCUAUAUUCUCCUACCCUUAGCCUGUCUGCUCACAUACUGUAUGGAACGAUGCAGAGUUAAGUACUGAUGGACAGAAUUGUACAAUGGGUUUAUUUCGUCUGUAUUUUUUUUUUCCUUUUUGUACUGUGCGUUUUAAGAUUUAAAUGGAUGAACUUGUCUUGUACAUAUAUAUAAAAAAAAACACAAGUACUGUAGUCCUUGUUUGUCGGCUUUUCCCUGCCCUCUUCAGAUCCUUGCAGACUUGUUAGCUUUUUGUUUUGAAAUGUUUUUUAUUUUGUAAAAAAUAUAUAAAUAUUAAGUAAAUAAACGGGAAAGACAUUUUCAUCACUUUGGAUGUGAAUGUCUUUUUUAAGAAACUUUAUUUUUGUAUCUGAUGUUGCUUGUAAAUACAGCAUUUUUAUCCAAAUUAAGCUUGAAUGUGAUGUCGAGAACUGGAAUGGGCUUUGCAAGUUAUUGAGUCUGCUUACAAUUGUAAUAUUAGUUUGAAAUAGAUGUAACAUUUGAAACCAAUAGCAAUGGAUUCAAGGAACCAUAAGGAUAUAGGUCUAAAUACAUUUAAGUCAGAGGGCAUCUGAUAGCUAAUUGGGCAUUCACUAUCUUGUAAUUAACUCUGAAAUAAAAGAAGAACCAAAUAAAACUCAAACAAUAUUUCUCCA